AUGUUGCGAUAGAUAUGUAUAGCUAUUGGCUGAUAUUGAGAAUGAAUGUUACGCAAAUCUCUUUUCUUUUUUCCUUCUUAAAUUCCACUUUUCAAUCGUGUGUAGGUCAGACUUCAAGGAAAUGGUGGAAGUGCAACCCCAAAGUUUGGAUAGAAUCAGCACUCUUCCUCAAGACACAAUUGAAAAAAUUAUGACUCUUUUGCCCAUCCAAGAUGCACUGAGGACGAGCGUUUUGUCAAAGAAAUGGAGGCAUUGCUGGAAGGGAAUGCCUAAACUUGUAUUUGAUGACAAGUACUUGAAUACCUCAUCAAAUAGCAAAGAAAUUAACAAAUAUAAGUUUGUCAAUGCCAUCUUCCAUGUUUUGAUGCUACACAAUGGUCCAGUAUUAGAAUUCAGUAUCUCUAUUAAUAUUGAUACAGAAAUUGAUGAUGAGAUUGACCAAAUAAUACUCCAUCUUUCAAAGAGCAAAAAUAUCAAGAAAUUCAUCUGUAAGUUUCGGUCAAAUGAACUCUUCAAAUUUUACUUUUCCAAGCGCUACAAGCUACCCUCUGUGUUCUUUUCAUUACAUGGGCUAGAACACCUACAUCUCACACAUUGUGUUAUUGAGCUUCCAUUAACAUUUGAUGGAUUCAUUACCUUGAGGAGUCUCGAGUUAUGCAAUGUCAACAUCACUGCGAAGAUGCUUCAACAAUUACUUACCAAUUGCCCAUUACUUGAGAAAUUUAUACUGAUUGGACAUCAAAAAGGCUUUAUUACACUAGGAAACAAGUGCAGAUUUCUUGAGCUAUCCAAGUGUUUACCUUCGGUUCAGGUUCUGAAAAUCUCUAAGUCUUAUAUCAAGUUUACUGAAGGCAGUAGUAUGCAGAAACCCCCCACUUUACUAGUCCACUUGAGGAUACUUUUUCUUGAUGUGUGUUUUCUGAAACAACAUGAGCUUUCCGAUGCUCUCAGUUUGAUCAACAGCUCCCCAAAUUUGGAGAAGAUAAAAAUAGAGCUGUGUUGGAACCAUAAGCUGUGUGGUGAAGAAACUUGCAAGGACUUGCUUGAUCUUCAAGACUACUAUUUGGGAAUGAACUUGGAUCAUCUUGAUGAACUUGAGAUAACAAGUUUCCAUAACCAUGCUUCAGAGAUGGAGUUUGUGAAACUCAUCAUGGCUAAGUCACCUCUGCUUAAGAAAGCACGAAUAAAGCUCAGUUCAUCUGUUUCUGUUGACGAAGAAAAUAAGAUGCUUCGAGAUUUGCUGCGAUUAACAUUUCCACGUGCAUCAUCAGCAGUGGAUAUCAUUGUUGAACGUUAAACAAUUAUAUGUCGAUGCAA